AGGGCGGAGGUGCGCCGGCAGGGCGGGGCCUGGGGCGGCCCCAAAGCCAUAAAGAGCUCAGCCAGUUCUUCGCCCGCGAGAGCGCACAGCAAACCAAGCAGCAAGCAACAGCGUUGCGGAGCCGGAGGCCAGCGUCCCCGUCGGAAGGAGGGCAAGCAAGGCGAGCGGGCGGGCGGGCGAGCGUGGCCUUGGCGCUGGUCCCUCGAGGCGAUCUCGGUGCGGGCAGCAGCGGCAGCAUGAAGGGCCCGGCAGCCGCGUCGCCGUCGGACGUGAUCCGCGAGGGCGAGCUGGAGAAGCGCAGCGACAGCCUCUUCCAGCUGUGGAAGAAGAAGGCGGUGGUGCUGAGCAAGGACAGCCUGAGCCUCUUCUCGCCCGAGGCCGGCAAGGCCCGAGGCGGCGGCGGGAAGGAGCUGCGCUUCGGCUCCAUCCAGAAGGUGGACUGCGUGGAGCGGACGGGCAAGUACGUGUACUUCACCAUCGUCACGACGGACCGCAAGGAGAUCGACUUUCGGUGCCCGGGCGAGAGCUGCUGGAACGCUUCCAUCACCAUGGCGCUCAUCGACUUCCAGAACAAGCGCGCCAUCGAGGACUUCAAGAGCCGCCAAGAGGCCGCCGAGCACGCGGCCGCCGCCACUCGGGACAGGCGCCUCGCGCGCGCGCCCUGAGCCGGACACGCGCGCCCCCGAGCGAGAGAGCGACCUAAGCAGACUGUACCUCUGGAUGACAAAGAAGAUCAGUUGUUUUAGACUGAACCGGGACAUUAGGACACCAAUGAAGGAAAGCAAAGGAGAAUGCUAGGAGUGCCCAGCUUCUUCCUUCCCGGGUCCGAUGAGGUGGCUGAGCAAAGAGGCUAGGCUGUUCUAUGAGAGGCAUUUGCAAACCAAAGACUUUUUUAAAGAAUCAAAAAAGACUCAUAAGGCAAAGCAUGGCUGUGUGAACAGGAUGCCUAGCUUUGCAAAAAAUGCUAUUGUUUUUUCUAUUUAUGAAAUGCAAAGAAUAUUCAGCACCUGCUGAUGCAAAACCAGUUUAAAUUAUUUGUAAUAUCUAUAUUUGUAUUUAUUUUGAUAAAAUAUCCUUAAGCACAUGUUUGUCUUAAAAUUGCUUCCGGCAUUUGAAUAUGUCCAUUCCAAAUUAAAUGCUUUUUUUAUUACUGUA